GAGCGCGCGGGCCAUGGAGCGGAGCGCGGCGACAGCGGUGUGGCGGCUCCGCGCUGCCGGCGGCCACCGGGACCGCGACCGCCGCCACCUGUCGCCACGGGAGGACGGCAACUGCGACGUGGGCGAGAAAAAGCAGGGCGGGCCGCGGCGGCAGCUUCUGCCGCUGCCCGAGGAGUGGGGGGCGCCGCUGCUGUUGCUGUACCUGCUGGGGCUGCGGGCGCUGGUGCACGUCUCACACCGGCAGCUGCUGAGGCAGCCGUCCGUAGCCGGGCCCUACGACUUUAGCGCCCUUCGCGCCAGGGGAUAUCUUGACAACAUAACAGCAAUUUGGCCCAGAACAGUUGGAAGUCCAGAAAAUGAAGUUCUUGCAGUUAACUACCUCUUAGAGCAAAUUGAGGCAAUAGAAAGAGAAACCUCACAUGCUCACAAGAUAUCUGUAGAUAUACAGAGGCCCACAGGCUCCUUCAGCAUUGACUUUUUAGGAGGCUUUACUAGUUACUAUGCAAACAUAACCAAUGUUGUAGUGAAGCUGGAACCUCGAAAUGGAGCUCAGCAUGCAGUAUUAUCCAACUGUCACUUUGAUUCCGUACCAAAUACCCCGGGUGCUAGUGAUGAUGCUGUUAGCUGCGCAGUGAUGCUUGAAAUACUUAAUACACUUUCCAAAUCGCCAGAGCCCUUGCAGCAUGCUGUCAUAUUCUUAUUUAAUGGUGCAGAAGAAAAUAUAUUACAGGCUAGUCAUGGCUUCAUUACACAACAUGAGUGGGCAAAGUCAAUUAGAGCUUUUAUUAACCUGGAGGCAGCAGGUGUAGGAGGAAAAGAACUUGUUUUCCAAACAGGACCUGAGAAUCCUUGGUUGGUGCAAGCAUAUGUAGUUGCAGCCAAACAUCCCUUUGCCUCUGUGGUGGCGCAAGAAAUAUUCCAGAGUGGCAUCAUCCCAGCAGAUACAGACUUUCGGAUCUACAGGGAUUUUGGCAAUGUUCCAGGAAUAGAUUUGGCUUUUAUUGAAAAUGGUUACAUUUAUCAUACAAAAUAUGACACAUCAGACAGAAUUUUAACAGAUUCCAUCCAGAGAGCAGGUGAUAAUAUUCUAGCGGUCCUAAAAUACCUAGCAACAUCAGAUCAACUGGCUAAGUCUUUUGAGUAUCGACAUGGAAAUGUUGUGUUCUUUGAUGUAUUUGGUUUAUUUGUCCUGGCUUAUCCUGCUCGUGUGGGCACUAUCAUGAACUACAUUACUGCAGCAAUUGCUUUUCUUUAUUUAAGCAAGAAAGUAUUACAGACCAAAACCAGAGCUGUUGACAACUUGAAGAAAUUCUUUACUGCAUUUGGCUUAACUCUCCUAAGUUGGCUGUGCACACUAGUGGCAGUCCUUGCAGUGGCAGCGUUCAUCUCUGUCAUUGGGCGGUCUCUUUCUUGGUACACACAUUUCUAUGUUUCUGUGUUUCUGUAUGGCACAGCAGCUUCAGCUAAGCUCAUUCUUUUGCAUACUCUAAUCAAGAAAUUCUUCUACAAGAAUAUGAAUAACCAGUACCUGGGAGAGAUAUUUUUUGAUGCCUCAUUGAUGAUUUGGUCGGUAGCAUUGGCUGUCUUGACUCGGAUGGGCAUUUGUUCAGCGUUUAUUUGUACAUUAUGGGUGGCAUUUCCUUUACUGGCUAAGCUGAUGAUCCAUAGAGAAUUCAGCCAAAAAGGUGCCACAGUAAAGUUUGUCAUGAUGUAUAUGCUGGGAAUGUUUGUUCCCUAUCUAUAUAUGAUGUAUCUUAGUUGGACUGUAUUUGAAAUGUUUACGCCUAUCAUGGGUCGAAGUGGCUCAGAAAUGCUACCAGAUGUGGUGUUGGCAGGAUUUAUCGUGGUCUUCACUGUGAUUCUGUCAUCCUAUUUUAUUAACUUCAUUUACCUUGUCAAAAGUACAAAAACGACGCUAGUAACUUUAAGUGCUGUGUUUGUAGUCACUCUGGUUCUCGUUUGUAGUGGAAUCUUCUUUCCUUACAGUUCUGAUGCUGCUAAUCCAAAGCCUAUGCGAGUCUUUGUCCAGCACACGAGCAGAAGAUUUCAUGAUCUAGAUGGAAAUCUGGUUAAAAGUGACUCUGGUAUAUGGAUAAAUGGUUUUGAUUAUAAUGGAAUAUCUCAUAUAACUCCCCAUGUACCUGAAGUCAAUGACACCAUUAGAACUCCGUGUGAGGAGCAGGCUCCUUUCUGUGGUCUUCCUUGGAUUCUGCCAGUGCAUUUCAUGUUCCGGAAAAACUGGUAUCUUCCUGCUCCAGAAGUUAUUCCAAGAAGACCUAUUCACUUUAAAGUUCUGGCGAAGGAUCUGAUGUCCUCAAACUCCAUGAGGUUAAGCUUUGAAGUAACUGGUCCGAGUCACAUGUCUCUGUAUGUGCGGCCACGUGAAGGGUCAGUUCUGUCCACCUGGUCUCUUGGGGAUGGCACUCCGGUUGCUAGCGUAGGAGGAGACUACUUUGUGUUUUACUCUCAUGGGCUGCAGGCUACACCAUGGCGCUUCUGGGUAGAGCUGAGGGUCCCAGAGAAGCAUCCCAAUGGAGUAGUCUCCCUUGCCGUAGCAGCACAUUACUUUUUUGGGGAAGAUCAUAAGUCGCCUCAACUCAGUGCCUUAGUGGAGAGGUUUCCUAACUGGACGUUUUCUUCUGGUUGGUCCUCCACUUACGACCUUUUUGUCUUUUAGUAUUGACAGAAACGCAGCUUUGAGAGGGUCGUCUCUCUGAUGCAGCGUGCUUGUUGUGGCAAGACUUUCUAACAAGAUGCCAGAGACUUCAUAGAAUUUUGAAGUCCUUUUUUACAAACAUUGUUUCUUUGGCAGUUUUGACUGUUGCUGUCUUGGGGAUAUAGUGAUACUUCAUGUCAACGUGAAUACAGCUUGUGGUUCUCCCACUGAAAUAGUAGCUUGAGUAAUGGAUUUCUUGUAAUGAGAACUGUAUUUGAGGAGGUAACAUUAGCGUAAUAUUGAUGGCAAGCGUCCUGAACUUACUUUGAUGUUACACAAAGUGUAACUGUACUUCACAUACAUCUGAGGGACUACUGCCUACCAGGCCUAACCGUCCUAUGGAAGAUGCUUGUUUACAUGGUGGGGGGGCAGAGGUGGCAAAACUGUAAGCAUUACUUUUAUCACUGGAUGAAGUCACUGAAAGCUAUAUGGGAAAUACACAACGCAGGGAAAAAAAGUAUAUUAUAAUGCAAUGUGGUAAUUAUUUAUCUGGGUUAUCUUUUCCAAAUAAUAUGUUUAAUUUGAAAACUUAGUACCUAACCUUUUGCCUGUCUAUUCGCUGUUGGAACUUGAGAAAGUUUGAUUUAUGGUGUGAUUUUGUUCCCACUGGGAUCUUUCAGUAUCAGAAUCUAAGUGUGUGACUUGCUCUCUUGUAUGUAAGAGUGUGGAAGUCUCUACUCCUUUAAGUGGAUGUUUUAUAGUUAAUUGACUCUAAAUUUCAGGUUAUCUUCUAAUUUAUUAGAAUUGGCUCAUUUUUGGUAUCUCCUCUGGAGAGACUUUUGGUAACAUGACAGUAUUGCACUUCGCUGAUAGAUUUAACUGUUUCUUGAAGUACAAUUUGCUUUCCAUAAGGAAAACUACUAGUAACAGUCAUCUUUAAAGAAGAUGUCUAAUAUCUCUGGAUUACUGUUACUUUGUUUCCACAGAAUGGAUUUUAUAAAUGACUGUGAGUGAUUUAGAAUGUCUUCCAGUUUUGAACAAGAAGAAGCCACCUCCUUUGGUUUCUUCUUAAUACUUCCAUUUUUUUCUUCAGUGCAGUGUAGCAGUUAGUAUUGUUUUUUUUCUUUAAGUCAAAGAACUCUCUGUACCUGAAGAAACUUCAUACUUUUUCCCAUGCUACAUAGAAACCAUUCUAUGACAUCAAUGCAAGUUGUACAGAUUGAUAUUACGUUCAUCUCAUGAAUAUUGCCAAAUCACUUGGAAAGCAGAUUUUGUGCACUCAUCAUCAUUUCAUGUAAAAACAUGCUAGUACUGGGAAGCUUCCAGGGCGUGUGAAAGAAGAUUUUUGUUGCGCUACAGCUUCUGUGGACAACAGCUCCCUGAUCAAGUAUUUUUUCCUUCACAUUGUCCUGUAGUUGUGUGAGAUAUUGGAAAGAACCAGUUUCAUUUAUUGCGAGGUACAUUCACAAAGAUUAUCAACUGACUCAUGAACUAGGGGUAAAAGAUGAAAUUACUGUUUAGCAUAAUGAAGUGGCCAUUAGUAUCUGAAGACCAGGUGAAGCUUUCUACAUUAGUAUGUAUGUAAAUCAUCACUCACUUGAUUGCAUCUGAUUUUAAACUACAAUCGCUAUAUUAUGCUUUUCUUUUUUCUAAGUGCUAUUAAUUAUUGGGAAAAUGGUGACUUAGUUCAUAACUCUUGUGUUUUGAAUCUCAGCAAAUGUUUUUGUACUGUACUCUAGCUGAGGCACAGCUAGUUAAAUAAAGCUGCACUGAUAUUUAC